UGUACUGCACUGUGUAAACGGUCAUAGGACUAAAGGAUGUUUCUUAGUGUUUCUUAUCAGAUGCAACUUUAUAGCAAUGACCACACUCUCUAGACAGCCAGAAUACAUUUGUAGAUGCUAUUUGAAUAAAAAUAUUUUCAUUAAAAAGUUUAGAAUUCAUACAACUUAUGAAAGUGAUGAACAGUUUGAGAAGGAAUUUAGAUCACUUCUUCGCUUAAAUGGAUGUUCUACAGAUAAACAGUAUCAAGAUACUUUGUCAGAGGUUUGUAACCAUUGCACAUGAUGCCACAGGUCUGUCAAAGGAAAAACUCAUGUCUCUAAUAUUUCACAUGGGAGGGGAUAUAACAGAAGCCAUGGUAUACAAGCUUCCAGUUUUCACCAAAGCAUUUUGUUUUAAACUGAUAGAUGAAAUAUCUAAUUUUGAAAAAUUUCCCGGAAGAAAAACAAGGCCAAAUACAAUGAAUGCUAGUGGAAUAUCAUUGGAUGAGAUGGGCUUAUCAGAUAGUCUGAUCACUUCACUUUCCAGGGAUUUUUUCAACCAAUCACUCGCAUCCUGUUUCCUCACUGGGGUGGGGGCCUCAUUGAUUCCUAACGAGCAUUUAUUGUAAAAUAUGAGGCUCAUGGUGACAGGGGACUAAGCCUACACUUUGACAAUUCAGAAAUCACUGCCAAUAUUAGCAUCAAUGAAGACUAUGAAGGGGGACAAUUGCAGGUCCGUAAAAUGUCAACAGCUGCAGGAGUUGAUGAGGAAUUUUCAGAGCCUAUGGUCAAGAUCAGUCAUGAGAUGUGCUUUGGGUUACUUCACUGUGGUCGCCAACACCACUCAGCACUACCCUUAAAUCAAGGAAUCAGAUACAAUCUAGUCAUCUGGAUGAGAAGUUCAGAAGUUCGCAACAAAAUGUGCCCAAUGUGUCACGACGUCCCAGAUUUGAUUGAAGUGCCUAUUGCUGGUGAUGGCUUCAUUCCAAUAAAAAAAAGCAAACACAUAUGUAGUUAUUUAUAACUAUUAUUCUUGCAUACUGAAUUGCCUUAACCUACUAAACUUGAAUAAAUGUAAAUAAAAUGAAUGUUUUUAUAAAAAGGCUAUUGUACAGCUAUUAUAUCUACAGUUGUAAAGUAUUCUUUUAGUUGUUGACCACUA